GCUAUUUGGCUCUUGUUUCGAAAGUCACGGACCGGAAGUGACUGUUGCAGCGCGAUCCAAGAUGGCGGAGUACUUGGCGUCCAUUUUCGGCACAGAAAAAGAUAAGGUGAACUGCUCUUUCUACUUUAAAAUUGGUGCCUGCCGACAUGGAGACCGCUGCUCCAGGUUACACAACAAGCCAACCUUCAGCCAGACAAUUGCCCUCUUGAACAUUUACCGCAACCCUCAAAACAGUGCCCAGUCUGCUGAUGGUUUGAACUGUGCUGUCAGUGAUGUUGAGAUGCAGGAGCACUACGAUGAGUUCUUCGAGGAGGUUUUCACAGAGAUGGAGGAAAAGUACGGAGAGGUGGAGGAGAUGAAUGUAUGUGAUAACCUGGGAGACCACCUCGUCGGGAACGUGUACGUGAAGUUCCGUCGUGAGGAGGAUGCUGAGAAGGCUGUGAUCGACCUGAAUAAUCGGUGGUUCAACGCACAGCCCAUCCAUGCUGAACUGUCUCCAGUCACAGACUUCAGAGAAGCCUGUUGUCGCCAGUAUGAAAUGGGAGAGUGCACUCGAGGUGGCUUCUGUAACUUCAUGCACCUGAAGCCCAUUUCCCGUGAACUGAGGAGAGAGCUGUACGGGCGCCGGAGGAAGGGCCGACACAGGUCUCGGUCUCGGUCCAGAGAAAGGCGAUCCCGCUCAAGGGACCGAGGGCGAGGAGGCGGCGGCGGCCGUGACCGCGAGCGACGUCGCUCCAGAGACAGAGAGCGCUCAGGACGUUUCUGAAGCAGAGCUGCGGCCCCACAUCCCUCCCUUUUCUCUGUAUCUCUGUACGCCCUGGAUGUUUUAGUUUGUAACCCUGCAAGUCUGGUCCAGAUGUGAUGGAAAGAUGUCAUUAAUGAUGAAAAUGUGACAGAACUGAUUAAUUGUUUUGUUUUUGUGUUUUUUUUUUUCUUCUUUUAUUGACUUCUAAAGAGUUCCACCUCCAUUAAAUUUAACAUUUGUACUGAACAAGGCUGAUCUAA